GUGAAAUCCCAAUUCAAGUUUGCGUGCAGUUUUAUAUCGCUGCGUUUUUAUAAUAAGGGUGUUAAUUGACGACUAAUUACCCCUCUUUUAUCUUGAAGAAUACUCUACAGAGGCGGACGACGUUUCUAUGCAAGGUGGUGCUCAUUCAAGUGCCGACAUGAGUCACGGCAACGAUGAUGAUGAUGCAGCAUUUGCAGGCUGUGCAGAAAAUGCCGACUCCAACCGCAAAUUCAAAUUAAAGCCCUCAAAGGCAUCUGGAGAGCCUCAACGACCACUGCAAGGAAAUACAAAGUCUCGCAAAAGACCAACGGCUGCAUUCUCGACUGGCGCUGAAUCAGAUCCAGAGGGAAAAAGACUAAAAACAUCAGAUUCGGAUGAUUUACAGUUUUUAUCACAAGAGAUCCCUUCAUUGAAGCCUACGAGUGGAAAAUACAUUCCAAUCUUUAAAAGCAGAAAGUCAAAAAUGUUCAUGCUUCAAAAAGAAACACUUCUGAACGCUGCUGCUCUUCCUACAGAAACUCAAGCGAUCAAUUCCACAAAACACUCCAUCGGUGAAUAUUCUAAACUGGAAUGUUUAACUCGUGUAGUCCCGGAAACGCAAAGCACAAGCUGCGAUCAAAAUCGUGAUUCAGAAUUGCAAGAACAAUUGUCUUCAAUGGUCUAUGAACAAGAGCAGCAGCACAUUGAUUCUGACACAGAAGUUCUGCUGCCAGAAAAUGGGACGGAUUCAACGAAAAUAAAAUUGGAUGAAUUGAACGCGAUAGAAAGUACAAGUGCAAACCAAGAAACAUCUUUCCUGAAUGAGGCGUACAUAGACAGUGUGGAGGAUGUGACGACCAGCCUGCUGACAAAAUCGUUGGCGGAAGUUGAAUAUGAGAGGCGUGACGAUGAGGUGGAUGUUGGUGUGGUACAUGUCGAUGAGGUCCAAAUUAAUCGGGAUGAACACUGCCAUGUUCAUUCUCAAGACCAGCGUAAACUUGAUUUAAAUGAAGAACUCAAGCGUGAUUCUCCGCAAGAAGAAAGGGCAGAGCCUGACAGAACGUGUGAUUUAGAUGCUAAAUGUGUUGGGAUUGCACUCAAUUGCCAGUCUGUGUAUCCCAUCCCAAUUGACAUUCCUACAGAUGUUGUUACAAAACCACUAUGUGUGGAUUGUAUUGUGGGAUUGGAUUCCCCAGUAAUACAAAAAGAAGUGUAUGGGAAAUGUCUGACUAUUGAUGAUAAUGAAGAAAACAAAAGCAAUUACCCAAGUCAGCAUGAUAAUACAGAAGGCAAUGAGGAAGACUGUGGUAGGACAAAUAUUGCUGAUGAAUGUCAAUUAAACGUUAAAAUUGGGAAUGGCCAUCCCACCGAGAUCUUACUGGCUAAUAGCAGUUUUGUACCUGACAUUGCCUCUGACAUGCAUACAAAUAUCUCGGCAAUAGACAUGAGCUUUCAUAACCAAACACAGACACUGCCCGAUUGUUUGGAAGAGCAUACAGAUAGAGACCAAAGUUCUAGAGAAAACAGCGGUGGCGUUGAGAAAACAUAUUCGGUUUCUAGUAACAGUCCGUUCACCUCAUUCAAAUGGGACGGAGAGUUUGGUUACACAUGAUGAGUCAUGUGGUACAGUUAAUGCUGAUAUAGAAAGCAGCAUUUUGGAGAAACUCCAAAUGCCUGUAACUUUUAGAAAUAAGCUGUCCAGAAAAGGACAGAAAGGUGAAGUGGUUAUAAGUGAAAGCAUUGUCUCAUCUUCACACCCCUUUGCAUCGGUUUCAAAUGCCGACAUGUCAGAUGUGCGGAAACAGCCGAACGCUGCAGAAUCACACAAGGUCCUUUCAAUAGAGGCACCCCUGAAUUUGCGAUUUGAAACGCUGGCAUCGACAGCCGUUGGUUUUCAAAACAAAAAUGCAGCGGUGGUUACACAGCAACAAAAAGAAAAGGACCCUUUUAGCGGUGAAACAUCUAAAAUGAUAUACUCUGAUGAUGGCACAGAAACAGUGCACUUGGGAUGCAUAAUAGCACAAGGCAAUCCAGAUUCAUUAGGUCUGAAUAACAAAGCUGAAAUCGGUCGGUAUUUCCAGCCUGGAAAAUGUGAAAAAUAUAUUGAAGAACGUAUUUCAGAUGAGCCAUUGACAAGUGAAUCUUGCAAAGGAAAAAAGAUAGUUCUGGGCAUGGAAACUACAGUACGUUGUGCUGCAAAAAAGCAUGAACAAUUACUGACUGAAAAAGAUGAUAAAAAAAUAGCAGGUGAAGCUCAUCAAGUCUUCUCAGCUGAAGAAUAUAAACAUUUUUCUAAACAUCAAAAAUUGUCAGCUCAAGAACAUCAAGAAUUAACUGAAAUAAGUAAAAAUGUAGCUGAUAAACAAACAAUUUCAGUGGAGCACGAACAUUUUUCAGCUGAACAACAUCAACAUUUGUCAGUUGAACGUCAAAAAUUAUCAACUGAGCAAAGUAAAGAAUUAUCAGCUGAUGAACAUGAAGAUUUAACAAAAGAUGAACAUCAAACAUUUUCAGCUGAUGAACUAAAAAAUAUAUCAGCUGAACAAUAUAAAGAAUUAUCAACUGAGGAAAGUAAAGAAUUAUCAGCUGAUGAACAUCAACAUUUAACAACAGAUAAACAUCAAACAUUUUCAGCCGACGAACUAAAAAAUAUAUCAGCUAAACAAUAUAAAGAAUUAUCAACUGAGCAAAGUAAAAAAUUAUCAGCUGACAAACAUGAAGAUUUAACAACAGAUAAACAUCAAACAUUUUCAGCUGACGAACUAAAAAAUAUAUCAGCUGAACAAUAUAAAGAAUUAUCAACUGAGCAAAGUAAAGAAUUAUCAGCUGACAAACAUGAAGAUUUAACAACAGAUAAACAUCCAACAUUUUCAUCCGAAGAACUAAAAAAUAUAUCAGCUGAGCAAAGUAAAGCAUUAUUAGCUGACAAACAUGAAGAUUUAACAACAGAUAAACAUCCAACAUUUUCAGCUGACGAACUAAAAAAUAUAUCAGCUGAACAAUAUAAAGAAUUAUCAACUGAGCAAAGUAAAGAAUUAUCAGCUGACAAACAUGAAGAUUUAACAACAGAUGAAUAUCCAACAUUUUCAGCUGACGAACUAAAAAAUAUACCAGCUGAACAAUAUAAAAAAUUAUCAACUGAGCAAAGUAAAGAAUUAUCAGCUGACAAACAUGAAGAUUUAACAACAGAUGAACAUCCAACAUUUUCAGCUGACGAACUAAAAAAUAUAUCAGCUGAACAAUAUAAAGAAUUGUCAACUGAGCAAAGUCAAGAUUUACCAACCAAUGAACAUACAGAUCAUCAAAACUUCUCAGCCGAUGAAAAACAAACAUUUCCAGCUGAACAAUAUGAAGAAUUAGUCACCGAAGAAGCGGGUAUGCCACCACAAAGUGUUUGCACCGAAAGGGACGGCUGCUUUGUUGCCAUGCCCCCUGCACCUGCAGGCAUCUUCAAACAAGAACCAUUAAAAGGAACUACUGUUCAUCCAAAAGCCGGCGACAAGAACUCGGAACACAGCCGCAAGUCGCACGCCGAAGCUAGUGGAGUUGUUGAUGAUUUGCUCUUACAAGACACCCAGUUGUGUGAAUUUUUCAUGAGCGAGCUCAGUGAAGACAAUGAAAUGCAGAUGAAUGAAAAUAUUGAAACUCCAAGCGAUAUCUACAUCCAAGAGAAAUCUUCAGAAAUUGUUGUGAACACUGGAAGAUCUACACAGACUGCUAAACUGAGGGAUGCCACUGACACAGUGUGUCGCCUGAUUAACGAGAUCUCAAAAAUAAACCGCCAGGUGCUAUCUGUCCACCGUGGACUGGAGGCAGCGAAGCAGCACAGAAGCUGGAAGGCCGACUUUUCAAACAGGAACACAAACGCCACAAGACCCAACGCUUUCCCAGCAAAUGCCACCUGGAAGUGAUGCACGCUGUCGAGUCGUGUCCUGGAGGGAAUGUAUAACCCACAUAUUCUUGGGUCUUUCGGUAAAGUCACGUAGAUAGGUUCAA